UUUUUCCAUUCGUAUCGGCAGCAGGAUUUUUCCAUCCACAUGAUCCAGGAUUUCAUCCAGGCUUUGCUCUGCGGAGGAUCCAGGAGUCUGCCCGUGAGGCUGUUCUCGGCAUAAACAAUGCCCUCACGAACAGGGCUGGUUGCUUUGCUCAAAGGAGCGCUGAGGAGCUUGAAUUAUGGCCUCGCGACGUAAUCCAUCUUUUACUCCAUCUGUGAGCUGCUGCUACUUUCAAGUAGGUGACGAAAAAGGGACGCAGUUAAUGGGGUAAGAGAUGGAUCGUAGUGACUUCUAAUUCAAGAGCAGGCGGGCAGAAAGUUCUCGUGGGUGAACGAUCCUAGGGAAAAAGCAGCACGCAUUGUUGCGCACAUGCUGAUCGAUGUAUAUAUAGAUUAAGGGUCGUUCCCGUAUUGGUACUGCAUCCUUCACGACGACCAUGCUUGGCCGUUUUUCAAGUGAAAAACAAGGCAAGGCAGGUGUCCUGAAGAGUGCAAAAAUAGCGCAGCCUCUAAUUAGGCUGCGACAAAACAGUCAUCAAGGAAUCCGACUUCCGUACGAAAGGUUUUUGUCCUUUCAAGGAGGGUCUUUGGAGAUCGCAGCACCGGGCACCUAACCUUGUCCAGACUACCUCCCGACUGACCGUGGAUGAUGUCUUGCAGAAGAAGGUUUUUACAACCACUGACCCCUAUAAAGCCUGGAGCAAUAAGUUGGCGACGCUCUACAAUGCACUUCUGGAGUGGGACGAAGUCGUUUUUGGUGAGAGAUUCCGCAACGGACAGGAAGAAUUAUGGGUUUCCGAAUUACGUCCCUCACUACCAUCCUGCCGGGCUCCUUUUCAAGGGGAAACUAGGCCAAGGAUGUUCUGAAGAAUGCAACUCCGCAACCUCUAAAAGAAGUAGAAUUUUAUCUGUCGCUGCUAGGUCGCGUGGAAAAGUGUCGCAAACUUCUGCUGGACGAAGACGAGGAAGGAAGUAGUCGUCCUGUUGAACAAGAAAGUACUUCUCCUCAAGAACUUUUUGAUAAAGAAGUAUUAAUAGACGUCAACACGACGAUCCGCAAAGUCUUACAAGCGGUGCGUGGAUAUGGCCUAGAGGACCUAAACUCAUCUACUGAGAGUGAAACCCUAGUUGUAAGCUCGUGCACUGAUGGAGGAGAUACCGAGAGGACCUUGCCUCCCGUUGAGGCGAAUCCGCAUCGUUCUUCGGACGGGUCACCAGCGUUCUGGGGAAACUUGAGGAACUUCCGGAAGAACAAGCUAUUCAAGAAUUUGAGCACUAAGCGUCGACGUAAAAAAACUUCUCCUUGGGACCAGUGGCCUCGUUUCACACAGUUGCUUCUGAGGUCCAGCGAAGAUCUGAAGCCACCUAUGGGAGGAGUUUUCAUUGCGGUCCUCAAUGAGCUAGAGGUCUAUUUGCAGUACCAAUUCCUUGUAGCCGCUCUUCGCUCGUUUCGGGAGGACCAUGAUCGGGAGGACGACCAUCCGGAGGGCUACCACCGUGGUCAGGACAAUCACAACAUCUGGGCGUCGAUGUGCUGUUGUAGUUAUUCUGUUGAGAAUCAUGCUGAUGGAGAAGAUUUAGAAGAUUUUUAUCGUUAUUCAUCUCUAUCUCAAGCGUGCGAGCCUCUUGUUCUUCGUACCUGCAGUUUCUCAGUCUCACCGUGCGUUACACUGCACUGUCUCAAUGCCACUUGCAAGACGAGCCACUUGAUGUCGCCAUGUGCUACGAUGCGAGAGAAAGCCGUGAUGAUGUCGUCCCGAGGAGUGUGCGGUGCUUGCGCCGAAAAGUGCAUUGUAAAUCUCAUCGAAAGCAGGCUUCUCCCAGAAUUGAAACGCCGCGCGCAAGACAGACGGGAUGCCGUUGACAGACUCAAGAACAUGUAGUUGUACGAGUAAAGUCUAAGUCAGAUGAAAAAAUGCGCUAGCCGCGCUAGAAAUGAAAUCUCUGGAUAUCUACGAGGAGGAGCAUGACUGUUGAUGUUCUUCUUUAAGAGUUGUACCAAGAAUAGCAACAUGAACUUGCAGAUGGAUGGGUCGUUGAUGUUGUCGUGGGAGUCGACCUUGUAGUCAGCUGCCAUUUUGUCUCUUCGGUGGCCACGAACGGCCAUAGAAGAUAUCAGGGACACUCACAUGACAUGACCAUGGCGGAAAUUGAUUCGAGGAUGCCAUAAUGGAUGAUUCAAUUGACGCCGUAGAUGAUUAAGAUUUAAGAAUUGAAGCCCUGUUGGAUGAUCAUUAAAAAGGUGUACUAGUUUUUUCUUCCGCCCUAAAGAACGACGACUGAUCUGUCCCAAUAUUGAUUUUUCCGUCAUUGCCUCAUGAAGGACCCACAUCAACUUUUAGGCAUGCUGAUGCUCUGGAUUUGUUUCAUCAUGGAGGAAAGCUUGAUUAUUGGCUAUCCGUGUGGAUAUCGAUAACGAUAUUACUUAUCUGAAGCACGAACAAGAUGUAAAAUUCUUUCAAAAUCCUAACG